UUACCCCACGUGCCCAAUGGACGUCCUGCAUCGCUGAACAUGUUACCAAUCACGGCGAGGGGAAGGCGGGACCUCCUGCCCGAAGUUGAAGCCGUGCAGGAAGGUCGGGCAGGACGGUGGCGGAUUUGAAAUCCAUGUGGCGGUGGCUGUGGACCCGGGCGGUCCUGGCGGCCGCGGGGCCUCGCAGCGCCUGCAGCUGCCGGGGUUGCAGCAGCAGCAGCUCGGCCCCCGCCGCCGGCACCACCAUCUUCGCUCUGAGCUCGGGCCAGGGCCGCUGCGGGGUCGCCGUGAUCCGGGCCAGCGGCCCUGCCAGCGGCCACGCGCUGCGGAGCCUCACGGCGGCCCGGGACCUGCCCCCCGCCCGGCGCGCCAGCCUGCGUCUGCUCAGCGACCCGAGCUCCGGGGAGCCCCUGGACCGAGCGUUGGUGCUGUGGUUCCCAGGUCCCCAUAGCUUCACGGGUGAGGACUGUGUGGAGUUCCACGUGCACGGAGGCCCGGCCGUGGUGAGCGGCGUCCUGCAGGCAUUGGGCAGUGUGCCAGGGCUGCGGCCUGCCGAGGCGGGCGAGUUCACCCGCCGGGCCUUCGCCCACGGGAAGCUCGACCUGACCGAGGUGGAGGGACUGGCAGAUCUGAUCCACGCGGAGACAGAAGCGCAGCGGCGCCAGGCACUGCGACAGCUGGACGGCGAGCUGGGCCAGCUGUGCCACAGCUGGGCAGAGACCCUCACCAAGGCGCUGGCGCACGUGGAGGCCUACAUCGACUUUGGUGAGGAUGACAACCUGGAGGAAGAUGUCCUCGAUCAAGCCCACAAGGAUGUGCGGGCCCUGGAGGCUGCCUUGGACGCGCAUCUGCGAGACGCGAGGCGGGGUCAGAGGCUCCGCUCCGGGGCACAUGUGGUGGUCACCGGGCCCCCCAACGCGGGCAAAAGCAGCUUGGUCAACCUGCUGAGCCGGAAGCCCGUGUCCAUCGUGUCCCCCGAGCCGGGAACCACCCGUGACGUGCUGGAGACCCCAGUGGACCUGGCUGGCUUCCCAGCAUUGCUGAGUGACACAGCGGGACUGCGGGAUGGCGUGGGGCCAGUGGAGCAGGAGGGAGUGCGGCGUGCCCGGGAGAGGUUGCAGCAAGCUGACCUGGUCCUGGCGGUGCUGGACGUCUCGGACCUGGGCUCCUCCGCCAGCCGCCACUUCCUGGCCUCGGUCGUGGGUCCGCGGUGCAGCCUGAGCCCCGGUGGGCACCAGCAGCGCCUGCUCCUGGUGCUCAACAAGGCGGACCUGCUGCCCGGCGCAGGCCAGGACCCGGAGCCCCGGCUGCCCGGCGCAGGCCAGGACCCCGAGCCCCACCUACCCCCGCACCUGCUGCUGUCCUGUCUGACGGGCGCGGGCCUGGAUGACCUGCUGGAGGCGCUGCGGACGGAGCUGGCUGCGCUGUGCGGGGACCCGGCGGCCGGCCCUCCGCUGCUGACGCGCGCCCGGCACCUGCACCACCUGCGCGCCUGCCGGGAUGCCCUGGCGCACUUCAGGCCGGCGCGGGACCUGGCGCUGGCGGCCGAGGCGCUGCGCGUGGCCCGCGGGCACCUGACGCGCCUCACGGGCGGCGGCGGCACCGACGAGCUCCUGGAGCUCAUCUUCCGGGACUUCUGUGUGGGCAAGUGAGCAGAAGUGAGAAACGCUCCAGUGGCCUAAGGCAUCUCUUUCUAGAACUUUCUGUACGCCUGUGGAUGCCACGUUCCAAUCUGUGUAUAGUUUUGUUUCCCAUUAAAGGAAGCUUUCUGUGUAUUGAAAAGAAGGGAAAGUAGUGACACAGGGAGACAGAAAGAUCUUUCACCCACUGGUUCACUCCCCAAGUGGCCACAAUAGCCGGAGCUGAGCUGAUCUGAAGCCAGGAGCCAGGAGCAUCUCUCAGGUCUCCCACGCGGGUGCAGGGUCCCAAGGCUUUGGGUCGUCCUCCACUGCUUUCCCAGGUCACAGGCAGGGAGCUGGAUGGGAAGUGGGGCAGCCGGGACAUGAACCACCAGCCAAAAGGAAUGUCAGCGCUUGCAGGUGGAGGAUUAGCUAGUUGAGCCAUAG